GAUCUCCGAUUUCGUUUCGUCUCCCUUCCGUUCGAGCUUCUGCUUAUGUUGACGGAUUCUGGGAUUUUCUUCGUUGUUCUCAGCCCUAUAAAUUGAACACGGACGAGUAAUAUCCUCUAGUCCAGACUCUUAAGCCUAUUGGAUUUAUUUAUGUGAUGAAGGAUGUGUGCAUUGUUCACAGGUCACACAAUUCUUGUCUCUGAACUGGGACUAUGAGUUAUUGGUUCCCUGACUCUGCUGCUGUUUCAUAGACUUAGCUGACUUUGGAGGUUUGAUUUGUGAGGCUUAUCGUUGCAAUGGAAUGCAAUAAGAAGAUGCUAUUAGGGCGAGAAAAUUAGCAGAGGAAAAGAUGGAGGCUGGUGAUUUUGUUGGAGCUCAAAAAUUCGUUACCAAGGCGCAAAGACUCUUCCCCAAUCUCGAAAACAUAGUGCAGAUGAUAACCAUAUGUGAUGUGCAUUCUUCUGCAAUUAAGAAAAUCAAAGGGCUUGACGAUUGGUAUGGUGUCCUUCAGGUUCAGCCAUUUGCUGAUGCUGACACAAUCAGGAAGCAAUACAGAAAGCUUGCGCUGCUUCUCCAUCCAGACAAAAACAAGUUUGCUAGUGCAGAGGCUGCUUUCAAGUUGGUUGGGGAAGCAAACAGAUUGCUUUCUGAUCAAAUAAAACGUUCUCAGUAUGAUAACAGAUACAGAUCCCAUUCAAUGCUUGCUAAAAAGCAAGUGCAUGCAUACUCGGGUCGCCACUGUGCAGCUACAAACAAUGAUGCAGAGAAUAUUGCAAGUGUUUACACAUUCUGGACACGUUGCAGGCACUGUGGCCAGUGGUAUAAAUACUUGAGAAAAUAUAUAAAUACAGUUAUGUACUGUUCCAGUUGCCGGAAAUCUUAUGUCGCCUGCAACAUGAGGUGUGAUGGAGUGCCACCUAGUAGUUCAACUGCUGGCAGAAAGGAAUUUCAAUAUCAAGGGAUGUAUAAUACAUCUCGGCAAAAAUCUCGGCAAAAUGCUUCUACAGGAGCAGAAUCAGGCGGUUCAGCAGCUGAGAUGGGUAAGAAUGGGACAGCUGGAAAGAAACUCAACAAGAAGAAUCAAGAAAAACAGAAAAAAGGUGCUGCUAACAGGGAACCCAAGAAAGACGAGGGUUGUACAGAGAAUGACGCUGAAGGAAGAAACCCCCAGAAUAGUGAGACAGGUACGAAUAAUUCUGCUGAAAUACCUAAGGCUGAUAUAUUGAAGCCGCAGCAUCAAGUAAAAGAACCACUUAUUAGGGCAAAGUCAAUACCUGAUUUAUCAGCUCCAAAGAAGAACCAGGCAGCCAAAAAGAAGAGAAAAGCUGUUGAGGAAUCCUCUAAAAGUUUUGAGGUUGAUAGCUCUGCUGGGGCUAAAACAGAUACACAUGAAUAUAAUAAGAGGAAGUCAUCGAGGAAAAAGCCACAGGUUUUUUGCACAAAGGGUGGAAGCGAUGGUGAUUUUGUCAGCCCUCCAAAGAAAAAGACAAAAUCAGGUUGUGAAUUCGAGUCUGAGUUUGAUACGAAGCAAACGGCUGAGGAUAAUCAGUCAUCUGAACUGGCUGAUUCUCCUUAUAAAGGAAAGGCCAAGAAAAACGUGCAUUCUGGAAAUGAAGAAAUCUUGUCAUGCAAAAACAAAGUUUGUGAAGGCUGUGAUGGUAAUGGAGAAGAUGCAGCCUUGUUGAGCAAGAUUGGUAGAGUUGAAAAAGGAUACAAAGUUAAUGAAAAUCCUAAUCCGCUUGAUAUACCUGAUCCAGAGUUCAGUGCGUUUAAAGUUGAACGAAAUACAGGAGAUUUUGCUGUCAAUCAAGUGUGGUCUACUACAACUGAUUCUAGAGAUGGUAUGCCUCGGAAAUAUGCUCGGGUAAAGAAAGUGCUGAAUGGCGAGUUCAAGCUGUGGAUUACCUACCUUGAUCCUGUACUGGAUAAGAAUGAUGAAAGUAUUCCAGUUGCUUGUGGAAAGUUCAAAAAUGGGAAAACAGAGGAAGUUGAGGACCGCUUCAUCUUUUCAGUUCAAAUGCAUCACUUGUCUUGCAACAAAACUGUUUCCAUAUAUCCAAGGAAAGGGGAGAUAUGGGCUAUUUUCAGAGAAUGGGAUGCGGAAUGGAACACUAGUCUAGAAAAGCAUAAAUUACCAUAUAAGUAUGACUUUGUGGAAAUUGUCAGUGAUUUUCAUGAUCUUAAAGGUGUUGGAGUGGCCUAUCUGGGAAAACUUAAAGGGUCUGUUCAGCUAUUUCACUGGGAGCCGCAGAAUGGAAUUUGCCAGAUUCAAUUUACUCCGAAAGAUAUGCUUAGAUUUUCUCACAAAGUACCAGCAGUCAAAAUGACUGGAAAAGAGAAAGAAUGUGUUCCACCUAACUCAUAUGAACUGGAUCCUGCUGCAUUACCUAAAGAUAUAUUUCAGGUUGAUGCGGUUGAUAUGGAGAUGGAUAGUGAGAUCCUGAAAGGUAAACCUGACGGCCCUGUUCCCGAAGCUUCCAAGGUUGGAGCGAAGGCCAAGCCAGUUCCAGAGACCGCACCAUCUCCAAGGAAACGUCGAAAAUCUGAUGAUGACAUGGGCGUAUGCAGUAAUGUUGGGGAAGUCAUAGGUGGAACGAACAGAAGCCAUAUUUUUUCUUCUUGUGAAGUUGAUGAAAAAAAGAACACACCAAACAAGUCCAGAGAGGAUGGUGAGGCCACAGAUGUUUUCAAACUUGGAAAAUCUCCUCGUCUUCAAACAAUUCCAAGCCAACAAGAAGAUGAGAAGAAAAGAGCUAAACAAGGUAACAAGAUGAAUACCCCAAAGAAAAUAGAGCAACAAACCAAUGAGCUUGGUGUCAUGCAUAGAAAGAAGAGAGAUUUGGCACUGAUUCUUGACAAGAUUGAAGAAUCUGGCAAACAGCUUGCGACGGUAGAUGGGCAACUAGGGUCACGACGGAAACUGCUUAAGAUUCGGUCAUUUAAGUUAUUUACUGCGAAUAAGAAGUUGGUAUGUGUGAGAAAAUCCAUCAGGCUUUCCUGUUCUGACCUUAAGCAGAAAGAAAGGAUGAUACAUUCUUUAAACAACAGGGUAACAGUUUGUGGUAAUACAUUUGACUCGAAAUCCAAAGAAUUAGGAGAAAUCCAAAAGCUGAUUGAUCAACAUACCAAUGAGCUUGUUGUCUUGCGUACUCAGCGUGAUUCUAUCUGGCAGUUAAUCAAGGGACUAUCUGAAGAGCUUGUUGCUAAAGAGAUGGAGUUGGAAUGUGUUCUAGAAUCAAGCAAGGACUUCAAAUUUGACAUUGAUGUCAAAGAAAAGAGAGUCCAAGCAUUAAACAAUCUAAUAACGAUCUCUGGCGAACAGCUUGACAUUAAAUCUAAAGAGUUGGGUGAAAUUCAAAGAGAGCUUGACUUGAAGAAGAAACGGCUGAGACAUAUGAGCACUGUUCUUGUUAAGCAUGAGAAGCAGCCAGCUGCAGCAGAUUCUGCACCGUUUAGUGAAGAUGCUCUCACGGAUCAUGAAUUCUCACCUUCUCUUUCGCGUGAUGAAGUUGCCUAUCAUCUUAGAGCUUUACCUAAUCCAGCAGAGUUUGUUCUGGAAGAUGUGCAGGAAUAUAUUAGUGGGGAAUUGGGAUUACAAGAUGACUCAUUUCUUGAGAUUUUGGUUCUUUGUUUGGAGGAGCUCAUAGAAAUUCAGCGACGAGAUGAUCCUCAACUGCAAAACAAAGCCACACAAGUGGCAACUAUAUGGAAAGGGAAGAUAACCAUCGAAGCUCCGAAAUCAUCUCUCGAGGCCUUAGCCUUUCUUCUGUUCAUUGUGGCAUAUGGAUUAAAGAAUUUGAUAAAUGAAGAAGAAGCUGCUCUACUUGCUUCGUCUAUUGCUCAUUACGAACAGGCUCCAAGACUCUUCAAAUCUCUUAGUCUCAACUGUGAAAUCCGAAAGUUUGUUAAAGCGCUCAUCAAGAAAGAGCAGUAUAUUCCUGCAGUCCGGCUUGUAUGUCUGUUUAAGCUGAAUGAAGAGUUCUCACCCUCACACUUGUUAGAGAAAGAGAUCAUCAAUUUAAGAUGGUCUGUCCUGGGAAAAAGACCAACGCAAUCCUCCCAGGCUAAAGAAAAAGAUGCAGGAAGACUGAGGGCAAUACUUGAACUUGUGGGAGAUUAUAAGCUCGAAAUCAAUAUCCCAGGGUACCUCAUUGCCAAGCUCAUGAUUCAAAGAGAAAACUCACCCCCUCUAGUUCGUUGCUCUGUGAAGCAUGGCACUUCCUCAACAAAUCCACAAGCUAAUUCUCCUAAUCCGGCUUCUGCUCACUGUUCUCCUAAUCCGGCUUCUGCUCACUGUUCUCCUAAUCCGGCUUAUGCUCACCGUUCUCCUAAUCCGGCUUCUGCUCAAAGUUCAAGCGUGAAUCCUCAGGUUCCUAAACCAGAUGUUAAACCCUGCUUGAACUAGCUCGAUCCUACUGUUGCUAUAUGUCUGAAGGCUAGUAGGAACCAAAGCAGGCUUGUAUAUAGCUUGUGCUAAUAUGGUAGAUCAGAGGCUAAGUUUCUCUGGUUUACAUCUGGAGAGAGAUAGAGAACCAUUUUGUUUUCAUCGUAGGUACUGCUUAAAUUCAUCAUCUCUUUUGGUUUUACGUAAA